CUCAAACUUGACUUACGGGGAACUCGUGUACAGUUGGAUAGAGACGUCCUAGUCAAUUUACCUGAGAGUCUACUGAUUGCCAUGUUUCCAAAUGGACUUGUACUGGGUAGACAAGAUGAUGGCGAUGAUGAUUUUGAGUCUCAAUCAAGAGAUUCAGUUGGAAUGGACGACCAGAUAAACUAUGUUGACUUCAAUCCUGCUUGUCUCGACUAUGUACUUCGCUUCUAUCAACACGCACACUCUGUCUACCAAUCCAACCAAACUGGCGACGCAGAACAGCAGCAAAAGCUUCUUGCGGCAACAUCUGCAACAUCGCCUGUGUACUACCCACUGCUGACCAAACAGCCGAUCAUUGUACUCCGAGAAGAACUCGAGUACUAUUGCCUUUCGCCCGACAAUUAUUCAUCCUCGACUCUCAAAAUAUCUGGUGGUACAUACCUCAAAGAACAAGACCAGAUAUUCGAUGCACUCCAGCGCAAUAUCUCUCGUGAGAACAAUGUUGCCGAGCAGCAUCUUAUUGAUAUGCUUUGUGAUGCGGGAUUCAAGCGAGACGAUCGUUGGGGACAUCGUGAAUUAGAACCACUCCGUACCUGUAUCAUCAGUAUGGGCCUUGUUUUGUUAAAUACAACCGGUCCAGACAACCACAUGGCUACUGCACAGAAAUUGCUCUUGUUUUGGAGAAAACCAGCAAGGAAAUGUUGGUGGGAUGGAAACACAGUAGAAAUUGAGGGUCAGUCUGUGAGAUUGUGGGCAAGAAGAACAUGGACCUUAGAGUUGGCAUUGGUU